AUGCCUAAGUCUAAGCGUAACAGGCCAGUUACAUUAUCAAAAACAAAGAAGAAGGGGAGGGAGCAUAAAGAAUAUAUAUUGAAAUCGAUAAGGGAUGCUGUGGAGAAGUACAAUUCUAUCUAUGUGUUUAGUUUUGAAAACAUGAGGAAUCUCAAAUUCAAGGAGUUCAGAGAACAGCACAAAUCGACCAGCAGAUUCUUCCUUGGGUCAAACAAAGUAAUGCAGGUUUCUCUGGGUCGAUCUGCUGCUGAUGAAGUCAGGCCAGGUCUUCACAAAGUUUCUAAGCUUCUACAUGGCGAUGCUGGACUUUUUCUUACCAACUUGCCAAGAGAAGAAGUUGAAAGGUUGUUUAAUGAAUACGAGGAAUAUGACUUUGCAAGGACAGGAACCACUGUAACAGAAACAGUGGAACUUAAGGAAGGUCCCCUGGAACAGUUUACUCAUGAGAUGGAGCCCUUUUUGCGGAAGCAAGGGAUGCCUGUUCGGUUGAACAAGGGUGUGAUAGAGCUAGUUGCAGACUUUGUUGUCAGUGAAGAGGGGAAGCCUCUGUCCCCUGAAUCUUCUCGCAUACUGCGCUUGUUAGGGAUCAAGAUGGCCACCUUCAAGCUUCACUUAAUUUGCCGAUGGAGUCCUGAGGAUUUUGAGCUUUAUAGAGAAGGUCUAGAUGGUUCAGAUGUUGAAUCUGCAUAA